AUGGUUAGCGAGUAUGUGAUCGAGAUCUUUAACUACAUAAAAGAGAUUGAGCUUACCACUAUGCCCAACCCGAACUACAUGGAAAGCCAGAAAGAGCUCGCGUGGAAGAUGUGUGGAAUCUUCACUGACUGGCUGGUCCAAGUCCACAUCCGUUUUCGUCUUUUGCCAGAAACACUGUUCUUGUGCGUUAGCCUUAUCAAUCAAUUCCUUUCUGCACAUGUUGUCUCCCUUGCAAAGUUGCAACUAGUCGGUAUCACUUGCCUUUUUGUCGCGGAAAAGGUUGAAGAAAUUGUGGCUCUAUCUGUUGUGCACUUCUUGUACUGUGCCAAUUCAUUGUACACUUAUCUUUGCCAACGUCUCUUGUUGAACACAGGAGGGCUCUCUUAUCCCAGCCCAAUGCACUUCUUGAGGCGGAUUAGCAAGGCACACAAAUAUGACGUGAAGGCUUGCACAAUUGCCAAGUACUUCCUUGAGAUUCAAUGCCUAGAGUGGAGAUUGUUGGCUGCACCUCCAUCAUUGAUAGCUGCUGCUGCUAUUUGGCCUGCCAGGCUGAUUUUGGGUCAGGAUAAGUAG